GUAAACAAUAUGAUCAGAAAAACUUAAUUGUCUUGAAAAAAGGCUAUGGACGCAAUAUUUCACGAAGAACAGGAGGGAUCAUUAUGUGCUCAGCAUUGUUUAAAUGCAUUGCUACAAGGACAGUAUUUUAGUGCCGUUGACUUAGCAGAUAUUGCACGCCAACUUGAUGAAUCAGAGCGAUUACAAAUGGCAGAGGCUGGAACCCAGAGUAUAGAGUAUCAGAGGUUUAUACAGCAAGCUUCCUCCAACUUUGAUGACAGUGGAUUUUUCUCCAUACAAGUCAUAGUGAAAGCAUUACAAGUAUGGGGGCUAAAUGUAGUUCAGUUUAAUUCUCAGGAUACUAUUGCAAAAGAAGCUCGACAGAAUCCAGUGGCACAGAAUGCUUAUAUCUGCAAUUUCCGUGAUCAUUGGUUUUGCAUCAGAAAGAUUGGAAAACAGUGGUUUAAUCUGAAUUCUCUGCUAACGGGUCCUGAACUUAUCUCUGACACCUAUCUGUCUCUGUUCCUUACACAACUCCAACAAGAAGGAUACUCAAUAUUUAUUGUGACUGGUCGAUUACCAGAGUGUGAAGCAGAUGAUAUCCUUAGCUUGGCCCCAGCAGUACAGCUCCUCAAACCCCGCCUAAUUAAUGAGAAUCAGUCCAUUAGUAAAUCAGACGCCCAGACAGACGACCCUGAGUUACAGCGGGCUCUGAUGGAGAGUCGAUGUGAGGAUGAGAAGGACGAUAAAAUGUUACAGAGGGCACUACAGAUGAGCCUAGAGGGCUAUAUAAUAGAAGAUGACAAUACUCCAGGACCAAGUGAAGAAAAGUUAGUAACUGUGUCCAAAGAUGUCAAACCUCCAUCACAAGAGGAGGUGAGACAGAAAAGACUAGCAUUUCUACAACGAUUAGAUCAGACAGCCAAUACUGAACAAAUAACUGAAGAUCCGAAAGAGACAGUCAGCACGGUUCAAGAAAAUCCAAAUCAGACUUCUGUAACAGAGCAACCCCAGCCUGUAGAAAAAGGUGAUUUAACAGAGGAAAAACUGGCAGUGGAAGAAGAGGAAAUGCCAGAGGAUGAAAUGUUAAAACAGGCUAUAGCUAUGUCAAUGGAAGGUGGUCAAGGAUAGGAGACUUGUCCAUUCAGUAUUGUAGAGGAAAUCCAAGCAGUGGUGCUACUGGCCACCAGACAGUGGGAGGAGUCUAUAGUCACAGUGCCAUCUCUAGUUAACAGUCGAUUCCCCAUAUCUGAAGCAUGUGUACUUAUUUAGUUCCCCCGUGAGGUCAUAUAAUGACGUCUCACUGUAAGAAGCUGAUAUUUAUAAUCAGCUUAAGGACAUUAUGUUCUGUAGUCUGCUGUGGCUACAGAUAUUUUAAGGUGCUUCCUGUUAGUGUUUUGCUGCCUUUUUGGUGCUUUAUAAACAAAUUUGAAAAAAAAAUUGCACGUAUUUUUUCUGAAAAAUAAAUUAGUUGUGUAGUGGUUUUCAUUACAAAUACUGUACUGUACAUAUACAAUUUUGUAAAAGCUUUUUUUUUAUUUCACCCAGUGACAGUUUCUCUACAUCUUCUUUCUCAGAAUUUUUUUUAUUUCAAAAGCACCAUUUUUUGAUUGCAAAAGAUAACAAUGAAAUUUAAGCAAAUACUUGUGCAUUGUGGGCAUUCAUAUUUUAAAGUUAUAACACAUUAUUACAAAUUAUGUGUAAAAUGUUUUGUAAGUUGAUCUUGCUGGUUUUGGAAAAAAAAAAUCAAGUUUAAAUAAAUUUAAUUUUAU